UUGGGGGAGACAGACAGGUAGAAAUAGGGAGGCAGAUCAAAUUUAAAAAUAGCCUACCUUAGUCCUAGUUUUGCCCCCUGGACCACGAUGGGUUCAGACGUGCGUGACCUCACCUCCAUGCUGCCCCCCCUCUCGGGGGGCCCCAGCCCCGGCUGCCCGGCCCUGCCUGUCAGCACGGCCCCUCAGUGGGCUCCCGUCCUGGACUUCCACCCAGCAGCCUCCCCGUACUCCUCCCUGGCCGCCCCCCACUCCUCCCUGGGGCCGCACUCCUUCAUCAAGCAGGAGCCAAGCUGGGGGGCCACCACCGACCCCCACCUGCACGAGACGGACCCUCACUGCGGCCUCAGCGCCUUCACCGUGCACUUCUCCGGGCAGUUCUCGGGCACCGGGGCCUGCAGGUACGGGGCGUUCGGGGCCCCUCCAACUGCACCAGUCCCCCCCAGCCAACCUCCAUCUGUGACGGCCCCCCACCACCACCAGCCCCCCAGCAGGAUGUUCAGCAACUCCCCCUACCUGACCAACUGCAUGGACACACAGCAGGCGGCCCGCAGCCAGACAGGUUACAGCGCGGUUGCAUUCGAUGGAGCCGGUAAUUACGGCCACACUCCUACACACCACGGCUCGCAGUUCUCCAACCACUCCUUCAAACAUGAAGAUGCUCUAACACAGCAAAGCACUAUGGCUGAGCAGCAGUAUCCUGUUCCUCCUCCUUUGUAUGGAUGCCACACACCUUCAGACAGCUGUACAGGCAGCCAGGCUCUACUGUUGAGGAACCCAUACAACAGCAGCCAUGCAGCAGGCUAUGACAGUGAACCCAACACCCCCAUGUUGUACAGCUGCAGCACACAGUACCGCAUACACACACACACACAUGGAGUGUACAGGGGCUUACAGGAUGUGCGGCGGGUGCCCAGCAUUGCUCCAGCCAUCGUGCGGUCAGAGAGCAGCGAUAAGCGUCCCUUCAUAUGCGCCUACCCAGGAUGCAACAAACGAUACUUCAAGCUGUCUCACCUGCAGAUGCACAGUCGCAAACACACAGGGGAGAAGCCCUACCCAUGUGACUUCACAGACUGUGGACGGAGGUUUUCUCGCUCCGAUCAGCUGAAGAGACACCAGAGGAGACACACAGGUUCGAUCAGUUCCACACAAUCUUUUAAACCGUUCCAAUGCGAGACGUGUCAGAGAAAGUUCUCUCGGUCUGACCACCUUAAGACACACACCCGGACUCAUACAGGUAAAACAAGCGAGAAGCCGUUUAACUGUCGGUGGCCCAACUGUCAGAAGAAGUUCGCCCGGAGUGAUGAGUUGGUGCGACACCACAACAUGCACCAGAGGAACCUCACCAAGCUGCAGCUGGCCAUCUGAAGCCUCCGUCAGCCCGUAUCGCAUUUGAAAUGUAAACAUGUGGGUUACAUCUGCUUAUAUUUUCUGUCUAUGGUUAAUCCAAACCUGGUGACCCCAUUUGGCCCUGAGAAACUAGCCCACUGAGAGCUGGAACCAGAGGAGUCCUAAUGGGUCUCUUGAAAAAGUGAAUAGUUUUACACCAUUAUGACUUGUGGAACUAGAUACCACAGUAUACACUCUGAGUGGAAAGUCUUAACAUGUACAAAAUAUCUGGAUAUGAAAUCUAAAUACAUGCAGCGCUUAGAAUUAAAAAGAUAAAGCUGAAAAUAUUCCAUAUUUUUAUUAUAGCCGACAAAUCCCAUUAAAAGACCAAAACCAGUAAUACUUUAGAUCGUGUUUAGACGACAUUAAUACAUUAAAUGGCACCACUUUGUUGAUAGAGUGGGUUGCCAAAGACGAGGUAAAAUUAGUUGUAAGAUUAUUUAUUAUAGUAUUCAAGUCGCAUUGUAUGGGUGUCUGAUAUACCUUCAAACUUAACAAGCUCAGCUGCUUUUUGUUUUUUUAACAGCGCUGUUUUUGCUGAAUUUGUUCCUACUGAAGAUGUAAAUCUUACAAAAGGGGUAAAAAAUACCUAUAUGUAAUAUAUUUUUAUAUUUAAUAAGGCUAAUCUUGAAUCUUACUCAAACAGAUGUAAAUAUUGCAUUGGAACUACUUUCAGCUGCAGAUAAACUGCAUAACGUACAUUUGGCUUAAAAUAAAUGACAUGUCUAUGGCCAUGUUCAUUGUGGAAUAUUUGUUGUUGUUCUUUUCAGAACAACAGUUCAAGUCUUUGACAUCAUUUGUAUUAAAGAUCCCUGUUAUGA